GCCGUGCCACUUUUCCAUUUUGGAGACACCACUUUUCCCUACCCUGAAGCACCCUCUACUCCCGUCUUGUCUUCGCCUGCCUUUGCGGUUUGUCCAAGCGCGUGUUUGUCAGCAUGUCGCAGCCUCUCCCUAGUAGGCUUGUUAUCAGCGAGUGGGAACUUGUUGGAGGCACAUACGAAUAUUGAGCUUACUCGGUGUUUGAGAGGAGAUACUGAUGAAAAUAGAAGUUUAUGGUGGCUAAAUAAGGGAACAGAUGUUAAGUUAGUUUGAGAGCUGUUAUGGAAGUUAUUGGAAGAUGCUAUUUAACUAAAAAAAAAAAAAAAAAGAGUAAACGUGAAUUCCAUCCGUUUUUGAUGUCACUAUAGGUCAAACAAAGAUAAAUAAAGUUUUUAAUGAAUCAAACAAAAGUCAUUUUCUGAAAUGACUUUUCAACCUGUUAAAUCAGGGUCACAAUAUUCUAGGUAGUCGCCUGCCAUCUAGCGGCCAUGAAAAUACAUCCUCGACAUAAAUUUGGUCGUGCAUUUUGCAAGCAUUUUGUCCUCCUCGGGUUACCGUAUUCGCAAAUUAACAAAAUGGCAGCGCCCUGGAGGAGUUUGUGUAUUACAGCCCUAAAACAUCAAUGUCGAUCAUUUUCCUCCACGAACGGAGCUCAAGCUGGUCAGAUAUGGCGUCUGAGUAAUGGAUUACCAACACACGGAUCAGAGUAUGGCCCGUUAACUGAUUUGCCCGAUUGGUCAUUUGCUGAUGGCAGACCCAGGCCACCAAUGAAAGGGCAAGCACGUAGGCAGAAAGAGAGAGAAGAGUUUGCGAAACGAGUAGUGGCUUUGAGUUCGGAAGUUGAUAUGGGAAUGGAGACAUGGGAACAGAAAAAAGAAGCCGUGAAACGAGCAGAAGAACAUAGAAAGACUCUCUUGCUCAAGCCGAAAGGACAUAAUAAAUUAAAGAAAAAAUAAACGAGUUAUUGCAUUAUGAA